GCGGAGCACUGGACUAAGCGCUUGGGAAGUACAAAUUGGCAACAAUUGGCAACACCAUCAUCCUCAUUUCCAGAAAGCGGGCAAGCCGCCGGGGCGGUCGACCCCAACCUCCCGUCUCAUCCUCGGACCUUCCGCAGAUUUAAGAUUUUCCGGCCGAUUUUCCUGCCGAGCUUCUGGAAAAACCAGACGGAGGAGGAGCAGAGAUGGCCCAUCUGGGCAUGGCGUCGUCCUUUUCCCGCCUGGCGCUGCUCGGGGGCUUCCGUCGGCCGAGCUCCCCUCCAGCGGGCACGGGGCAGCUGCACACGGGCGUCUAUCACGCCAAAGACCACUACCAGGUGCUCGUCCUUGGAGGGGGCAGCGGCGGCAUCACCAUGGGGGCGCGGAUGAAGAGGAAGGUGGGAGCCGACAACGUGGCCGUCGUGGAGCCCAGUGAGAGACACUACUACCAACCCAUCUGGACCCUGGUGGGUGCCGGAGCCAAGGCGCUGGGCCCGUCCGGCCGGUCCACGGCCAGCGUGAUCCCCUCGGGCGUCGAGUGGAUCCGGUCCAGCGUGAGCGAGCUGGAUCCCGACCGGAACCGCGUCCGCCUGGACAACGGCCAACAGAUCUCUUACAAGUACCUGGUUGUCGCUCUGGGAAUCCAGCUGGAAUUCGAGAAGAUUAAAGGGCUGCCAGAGGGCUUCUCCUACCCGAAGAUUGGGUCCAAUUACUCGGUGAAGACGGUGGAGAAGACGUGGAAGAGUCUGCAGGACUUCAAGGAAGGCAACGCUAUCUUUACGUUCCCCAACACGCCGGUCAAAUGCGCGGGGGCACCGCAGAAGAUCAUGUAUUUAUCAGAUGCCUAUUUUCGGAAGACAGGGAAGCGAAACAAGAGCAAUAUCAUUUUCAAUACCUCACUGGGAGGGAUUUUCGGCGUGCAGAAGUACGCGGACGCCCUGCUGAAGAUCAUCCGGGAGAGGGAACUCACCGUGAACUACAGGCACAACCUCGUCGAGGUCAAGGCCGACCGUCAGGAAGCCGUGUUCGAGAACCUGGAUAAACCCGGGGACACCGCGGUGUUCCCGUACGAAAUGCUUCACGUGACGCCUCCCAUGGGACCCCCAGACGUGAUCAGGAGGAGUCCCCUCGCGGACGCCGGGGGCUGGCUGGACGUCGACAGGGAGACCCUGCGGCACACGAAAUACCCCAACGUCUUCGGCAUCGGAGACUGCACCAACCUGCCCACGUCCAAGACGGCCGCAGCCGUGGCCGCCCAGUCUGGAGUCCUUGAUGCAACCAUCUCUUCGGUGAUGAAGAGCCAGACCUCAGGGCGAAAGUACGACGGCUACACGUCCUGUCCCCUCGUUACGGGCUACAACAAGGUGAUACUGGCCGAGUUCGACUACGCGGCUCAGCCUCUGGAGACCUUCCCCUUCGACCAGAGCAAGGAACGCCUCAGCAUGUUCCUCAUGAAGGCCGAUCUCAUGCCUUUCCUCUACUGGAACGGUUUGCUCAAGUGAGUGGCGGGCCCCGGCCGGGCCUGCGGUGGCCGUCCCCCGGCCCGUGACCCCCGAAGGGAUGGAGUCUCGGCCCCUGACGACUCUCUCU